GUGCACAGCGUGCUAUAGCGGAGAGAAGGACUGCACGUCCUUCCUUCGUGGCACCUGUGCUGCUCAUGGCGGCUGCGGUUCCUCCCAGGAGCAAAGGGGCGGCGCUGAUCUCUGCUCCAUGGGGACAGCGGCAGGGCCGAGGGACGGCACGGAGCUGUGUCAGGGGAGGCUCGGGCUGGAUAGCAGGGAACGGUUGUGCCCCGGAGGCCGGUGGGCACGGAGCAGCUCCCCAGGGCAGCGGGCGCAGCCCCGAGCUGCCGGAGCUGAGGGAGCGUCCGUGGAACUCCCUGACACGCGGCCUAACGCUGGGUGCUGCUGUGCGGAGCCAGGAGCUGGGCCGGGUGAAUCUCAGGGCGCCCUUCUGCCUAACACCAGUCCUAACAUCAGCCAGAACCGCGCACAGGAGGAUCAGCUCCCUCUCCCUGCAGCCCACGCUCCUUUUCGUGCAGCCCACGGGGCUGUCAGCCUUGUGGGCUGGCGGGGCACACUGCUAGCUCGCGGUCAGCCGCUCUCUGCAGGGCUGCUCUCCAACAGCUCAGCCCCCAGCCUGGACUGGUGCAUGCGGUUGUUCCUUCCCAGAUGCGGGACCCUGCACGUGCCCUUGUUAAAGCUCGAGACAUCCUGCUCUGCCCACCUCCCCAGCCGGUGGAGAUCUCUCUGAACAACUCACUCCAUGGGAUGACCCUAAUGAAAGGUGAAAGGUCACAGCUGGCUUUAAAGACGUGCCUGAACGUGGCACGGAGGAGCACCCAGAGUCGAGGCGACCUUCCUGUCUGCGCUCUGCUGUUUUGGAUCAAUCUCCCAUAGAAGCACCUGGGCCAGGAUGCCGUCGUCACCCCAAGGGGAUGUGUGGAGGUCAGGGCUGGCCCCGGAGAGCCGAGCCCACCCUGGGAAGUGGUGGGAUGUGGGCAUCCCAAAUGUGUGCAGCACAUUGGUGGGAUGUGUGCAGCAGGGGCUGAGCAUUGUGCAGAGCAGAGCCCAUAAGCCAGCUGGCUCCAGCCCUGCUUCCCAUGCCCGUGUCCUCCAGCACCAUGAAGGGCUCUGCAGCUGCUCUGGCUGCUCUUCUCCUCCUGGCCUUCUGCUCCUCGGCCACGGACGCCUUUCCUAUUGGCAGUAGUGCUAAGAUGGGUCUUACAUUUUCCCCUUGGGGCAGCAGGAGGCACUGUCCCUACUUGGUAGCGUUCUGGGUUCUGGAGAAUCCCCAUCCCCAUGGAUGGAACCAGCAUGGCGCUGAGUGUGGGCAAUUGCCACGAAUGCUGGUGUUCAGCUUUGGAGAUGGGGUCUUCUGGGGGAUAUGACAUGAGUAGGGGGUGGCUGAUGGCAAAUCCUCAGGGAGCCCCGGGUACAGCACCUCGCCAUGGCUCUGUUUUUCUGCACCCACUGAUGGCAUCCCCUUAAUCUGCUGCUACAGCCUCAUUGCCUCUGUCUACGCCACCAGCAGAACCCGCUCCCAGCCAGCACUGACGUGAGUACGCAGACAGGGUUUGGAGUACGACACCACGACUCUGACCCACAGGUGGCCAGGAGGGGAUGGCAGUGUGGUUGGGGACAUGUGGCUGCUGCAAUCUGGACCCAGCACCCCAUUGCCCCAGUGGUGCGUUUCUCCCUGCAGCGUGGUCACCAACAAGGAGGAGAAAUGAGCAGACCUGGAGCAGUUCUGGGUGCAGGUACUCCUGGAGGUCUUCCAGAACAGCAAAGCUGCUCUCCCACCACCGCGAAGGAAGUGAAAACACGGAGAUGAUGCACAAGACAUCAGAAUGCUUGUUGAGGAGUCGGGUGCUCUGAUGCCUAAGUAAACCUCUUGCACAAGGAAACUAGGAUUGGGUGGUUUAUUUGCAACACCAUCUUCAGUCCACAUCCUUCCAUGAUUUGUGAGUUGGUGUGCGUCCAACUCCCUGUUGGAGUUCAAUGCCACCCAGCACGGCCCAGGGGGCAGAUGUGGGCAUCCCAAACCCACCCCUCAGGGCCCCCAGCGCCCCGCGAGCGCUCACAUCCCCGCCCCGGGGCUCUGCUCAUUGUGACAUCGGCACCGCGUCACCAACACGCGCCUUCUCACUGUGACAUCACAGUGUGCAGGGCUGCCUCACACAGCGCACGCCCGUGUCCCCCCAUUCCCGGCUAGCUCUGGAUCGAGGAAGCAGCACCGCUGCUUUGCUCCAGAAGUAAAGCCCAGGAAUGGACCCGAGGUCUCAAUGCCUCAGUGCGCCACAGGCCAGUCCUUCCACCAGCCACUCUGCAGCACGGCGCAGGGCACGGGCAACGCCCGAGCGGGAGCCGUCCCCCCCAAAAGAGAAGCAGCGCGUCUCUGAGGACGAAGGUGAGUGCAGAGCAUCCCCAGAGGGGACGAGCCUCUGCCAUGUGCUGGUGUCACCCUGCUGCCAUGCUUGGGGUGACAUUGCCCUCGUCCUCAUGGCAGGGUGCGGGCUGUGCAAGCGGACAGACUACGACCCCGAUAUCUAUGGAGAGACGUGCCGGCAGGACAGGCUCUGCGUCCAUGAGAACUGCCUGUACCACGCCAGCGGGCUGUACCAGCACGGCGCUGACGAUGAAGGAUUCUUCGGAUUCCUCCUCCCCGACAUCGAGCAGGCGCUGCAGCGCGUGGCAGAGAAGGUGUGCUGUGUCUGCCGGCGGCGGGGCGCCUCUGUCCGCUGCCAUCGCCGGAGAUGCUCCCGCACCUUCCACUACCCGUGCGGAAGAGAACGCGGCUGUGUCUCCCAGUUUUUUGGGGAGUACAGGUCCUUCUGCUGGCAGCACCGGCCGACGCAGCAGGUGCAGCUGCUGAGACAGCAGCACCCCCAGUGUGCCAUCUGCUUGGAGGCGGUGGAGGGACGCCCCAGCUACAACACCCUCAUCUGUCCCUCCUGCACCAGCGCGCAUUUCCACCGCCACUGCAUCCAGGGCCAAGCUCUGCGCGCUGCCCUGCACCACUUCCGCUGCCCGCUCUGCCAGGACAUGCAGACCUUCCAGGCUGAGAUGUUCCGUCUUGGCAUCAAAAUCCCUGACAGGGAUGCAGCCUGGGAGGAAGAAGGAGCCUUCAAUGAGCUCUACCAGCGGCACAACUCCUGCGAUGCCAGCCUGUGCCUGUGCUCGCUGGGACGGGACUACUCAAACAACACGGGGCCUUGGAGGAUGCUGCUCUGCAGCUCCUGUGCUUCGUGCGGGACUCACCAGCGCUGCUCUGCCAUCCCAGAGGACGCUGAGUCGUGGGAGUGCAGCGGCUGCAGUGGUGUGGGCACCGCCCCUUCCGUGUCAGCCCCGGCGCAGUGAUCCCUGCACAGCACCCCAGCUCCUGGCACUUCGGCUCCAGCACGACAGGCUGCCAUGCUGCAGGGACACCCCGACGCCCAGCUGCCUGCGCAGCCCACAGGAAGCCCCGCGGC